AUGGCGUCGAACGUUGCGGGAGUAGUCAGAGAGGGAUUCGCGCUCUCCGCGGCAAAUAUUUGGAAUAUCAGAGAAAGAGAAAUCGCCGGCUUCUCCUCCCCUGCACCUGGAAACAAUCUUUCGCCGCCGAGUUCUUCUCUCUGCGGCGAAAUGAUUAAGGAAUCUCCAGGUGAGGGAAAAAAGAUGGCUUUAGUCGGAAAAUCCGAGAAAUUCUCAGCGGAUUUCGUCAUGGGAGGUGCUGCAGCCAUUGUUGCGAAAUCCGCAGCUGCUCCAAUCGAAAGGGUGAAGCUUUUACUCCAGAAUCAAGGGGAGAUGAUAAAGACAGGACAUCUCAUAAGACCAUACACUGGCUUGAGCAAUUGCUUCGUUAGAAUCUUCAGAGAAGAAGGCGUUUCAUCUUUCUGGAGAGGAAACCAAGCCAAUGUCAUCCGAUAUUUCCCUACACAGGCUUCCAACUUUGCAUUUAAAGGUUACUUCAAGAACGUUCUCGGAUGUUCCAAAGAGAAAGAUGGUUACUUGAAGUGGUUUGCUGGCAAUGUGGCGUCUGGAAGCGCUGCUGGAGCAACGACUUCUCUGUUUCUGUACCAUCUUGAUUACGCACGGACUCGUUUAGGCACUGAUGCAAAGGAAUGCUCGGUUAAUGGCAGUGGCAAGAGACAGUUUAAAGGGAUGCUUGAUGUGUACCGUAAGACUUUGUCAAGCGAUGGUGUUAGAGGACUUUACCGUGGAUUCGGCGUGUCGAUAUUGGGAAUCACUCUUUACCGAGGAAUGUAUUUUGGGAUGUACGACACGUUUAAACCCAUUGUUCUUGUUGGUUCUUUAGAGGGGAACUUCUUGGCUAGCUUUCUAUUGGGUUGGAGCAUUACUACCUCUGCAGGUGUUAUUGCUUAUCCUUUUGAUACCGUGAGGAGGAGAAUGAUGCUGACAUCAGGACAGCCUGUGAAAUACAGGAACGCCAUUCACGCGUUGAGAGAGAUAACGAAAUCCGAAGGGUUCUAUGCGCUGUAUAGAGGAGUUACUGCGAACAUGCUUCUUGGAGUUGCGGGAGCUGGAGUGCUUGCAGGAUAUGAUCAGCUUCACCGGAUUGCUUGUAAGCAUUGGUCUCAGUAG